ACCACGUUGUUCAAGUUCAUUGGCUGUAUGAUACACAAAGAUGCCAAAUUAGAGCUCUUGUAUUAUGAGCACAUCCACUCAAUAGACCCCACGUUCAUCAUCUGGUCUUUUUAAGCAUCCCCAAAGACUCUGCAAAAUGGACAAGCAAACAUGGAUUCAAACACCUUCUCUUACCUCCAACAAGUCAUGGAUGAGCUCUGGUUCUCACAAAACAUUCUCUUGGGCAAGACCAGGACUGCUUCCUCAACUCCUCUUCCUGCCCACCUACCAACAAACUCAUCUUCAGAAUCACUUCCAGGAAACAGCAGCACAUCACAGAGUAGGAAAAGCCAUGCAGUAUACAAAGAAAAGAAGAAACGACCUGUGCUGAAUAUCGUCAUAGGAAAGCCUCUUUUCCAGCUGCAGCAUCCUUCAACACCUACCUUGAGUGCAGAUUCAGCACAGAAGAUAAGAAGAAGAAGAAGCAUACGGAGAGAGAUGAGGACCCUACAAGAGCCUGUCUGA